AUGCAAUUGCGCAGUCUUCCGAGCUACUUCCAAGGUGAACACUCACCCAUGACUUCUUCAGACUCACCUUUCCCACCUUUAAAGACCGAACAUCGCUACAGAGGUGUCUACGAGCGAGCGGGCUUUGAUGUUAAUUUGGGAUCGGGCUCUGAUGCCCGCUCUGUCUAUCUGCGGAAAUCUCCAGGGCACUCACCUACUGGCAGGUAUGGUGGACUUCGAAUCGCCUCUGAUUCGGCGUCAUCUGUCACCAGAAACCAACAGGACAGAUCUGCCUCGUCACAUUCAUUGCCUCUGGGGGGUCCAACGCGUUUAGGUGGAGAACAUACACGUUAUGCCCGUGAAAACCAUGAGAGUGGCCAUGGGAAUGUUCGUGCAAAUGCCCAAGGUAUUAACCACGGAAACGCCUAUAACAAUAUUCAUGGAAACAUAUCCAAGAACUCCUCGAACUUCUCGAACUCCUCCUGGGAGAUGGGAGCACAUCACAAUGAAGGUCGCAAAUAUGAGCCUCGCAAGCCAGAACAAAAUGGCCAAAUGUCAUAUGGUUCUUCAUCAACAAACCACAAGUCUGCCCCAAACACUGCAUUUCCAACUGCUGAUCCUGUAGCAGUGACCUCGGCCUCCAUGCCCUCAUCGGCGGUAUCGCCAUCGGCUAAUUCCACCUUGAUGGGGAAGAAUUUUCAGUCGAGAAAGCUUGAUCAGAGACAUGAUCAGAACUUCGACCAGAGAAACUACGCUCAACCGCAGCAGAAUCAGCCAUUCCAACAAUUUCAACCAUUCCAGCCUUUUCAACCGACUAACCCAGCAGUCCUGAUCAACGGUAGCGAUUUGCAACAUUUCAGAGCAGACGGUGACAGAAACAUCAAGAACCUCUCGCUCAACAUCCACGGCAGCAACUUUUCAUCCGCUAGCAUGCCUCAAAUGUCCAAUGAUAGCCUAUCUGCCACGGAUUCUCCGACUUUCGACGACUCUAACUAUAAGCGUCAUACCCCGGAAACAUCUGCCAGCUCUACUGAUGACUUUGUUCGCAAGAAUAGCACAACAUCCGAAGCCAGUGUCAAGACAACGGAACUCACCAACACAGCUCCAUACCCACUACAUGAUGGCUUCGGUAGUGCGGAUAAGGACUUAUCUGAAGUUCUAGGUGACUUCAGAAAAGAGGUCGAGGAGCAUAAGAAGUAUGAUCCCAGAGCAAGGGGACCAAGAAAGUUCAAGCACAAUGAAGACGAUUCGAACCCUGGAUUUGGAUACCAGAAGUUCCAACCUGGUCUUGAUGACUUGAACAAUAGCUCUCAAGACGACUCCUCUUUCCGCUUCAAUUCAGCAAGACAGUCCAACGAAACAACGGACACGUCUAAUGACGACUUUGAGAACUUCUUGCAAACUUCAGAGAAAGCGACUAAUUUUAGAAACUCUCAGUUGUCUACAAUCAGCUCGAUCAUUUCAAAACCAGAACGUUCUGAUGAUGAAGAUGAAGAAGUUGAAGCUGAAUUGGAAAGGCAAUUGGAGAGCUUAAAAAUGGGCAGCGAUGCCAGUUUGUCUUCGAACAAGUAUUCCGAUGAAUCGUUUGUCACUGCAUUAAACCUUCUGCAUGACUUCCCACAACAGAACGUUCCAUCAAUAAAGAUUGAUAUUGCUUCUCAGGUUUCUGACCACGAGGGUUCGGACAGCGACACUGAGAAGGAGGGUGAGUCGAACAACCUGGAUGCCUUUAAGCAUGAGUCUCUGCAUGAGGAUGAGGAGAGUGACCAAAUUGCUCCAUUGAGUUUCCAAAAGCAAGGACCCCGCCACUUUACCGACUCACCAUCGACCCCGGUUAUGAAAUAUGGAUUCGAAGACCAGAUUGAAACUCCGGAAACCAUCAAACCUUUGAGCCCUAAGAAUCAUCGUGUGGAAGAGGAGUUGAAGAAUAUCAAUUUUAAGGGUGCAAACACACCUCGAUUCAACACAGGUGUCCUCGAAUCCCUUGAGACGAAAGCUGAAAGAACUUCAUUAAUUGUGAAUGAUAAUGAUGUUGAAAUCCUACUGCACAACCCAACUCCAAAAGAGUUCGAUGCAUUUCCCAAGUCGGUUGUUGGUAUGGAGGUUCCAAACUUUAGAACUAGCACGGCAGGUCCGACACAUCCAUCAGGGGAGGGUCCAUGUCGUGUUUGUAAUACGGAGAUAGAUCCCCAUGCUCGGGGUAAUGAAAAGGCAAUCUAUUCUAAGAGUGGUGACAUGAGUGGACAGUGGCAUAGAGGCUGUUUCUCAUGUGCAUACAUUGGCUGCGACGUUAAGUUCAACAAACAUGUCACAUGUUACGUGUUGCUUGAUAAUGUUUUCUGUCACGAUCACUAUCACUCUCUUAACGGUACUCUUUGCCAAUCCUGUAACAAGGGAAUUGAGGGUGAAUGCAUUGAGAAUGAGUUGAAGCAGAAGUGGCAUGUAUCGUGCCUUACGUGCACCAAAUGUCACUCAACCAUCCUGUCAGAUUACUUCUUGAUUGACAAUCAGAUCUUCUGCGAGCAUGAUGCUGCUGGUGAGAUCCACAGUAUGCAAAAGAAUGGAAUGUCAACCAACGACAGAAUCGAGAAACGCCGUACUAGAAUGUUGUUCAUCGAUCAACAUAACGGCAUGUAA